AUGGUCUUUCACUCUGUGGCUCUGCUCAUCAUCGCAGCGGCUUUACACAUCCUUCAAGGACAAUGCAGUCCCCUAGUCACUCAGCAGCGUGGGAUCUGUGCAACCGAGGAUCCCGAGCCAUCUUUUCUCCACGCCGUCCAGCGCGUGCGCAACGAUGACUCUACAAAUCGAGGAUCACCGACCCGUGAAGGCCCGAUUGAAAUUGACACAUGGUUUCAUAUUGUCAGCAGCAGUGACUUGCAGAAUCAAGUUACGGAUGAGAUGAUCGAUGCUCAGUUAUCCGUUCUCCAAACCGCAUAUCAGGAUGCACUCAUUUCAUAUCGGCUGCAAGGAGUCACUCGCCAUGUCAACGACGCCUGGGCUCGAAACUACGAUGAAGUGGGCAUGAAAAAGGCUCUCCGUCAAGGCACCUACCGAACACUCAAUGUGUACUUUCAAACCAAUCUCCAAGCGACACCCAGUCAAGCCGGACGUAUCUUCGCGUCCGAGAAUCAACAACACCAGGAACAUGCCCACCCACGCAGCAUAUCUUCUGCUUCGGUCUUCCCUGCCCACAAAGACGUCUCGGUCAGCGCCCUCGGCUUCUGCACCCUUCCAGACCCUAACAUCAACGCCACGAGCCCCCGAUCCGCCUACGUCAAAGACGGUUGCAACAUCCUCGCCAGCGCCAUAUCCGGCGGCAGUCUCGAGCAGUACAACCGCGGCGGCACCGCUAUUCAUGAAAUCGGGCACUGGAACGGACUGCUGCACACAUUCCAAGGAGAAACCUGUUCCCCAGACGACCCUGGCGAUUACAUCUCCGAUACGCCGCAGCAAAAGACGCCCACCAGCGGAUGUCCCGCCUCGCGGGAUUCGUGUCCGGAUUCACCGGGUCUGGAUCCGAUUCACGAUUUUAUGGACUACUCAUCGGAUCUGUGCUAUGAGAGUUUCACCCCGGGUCAGAAUGAAAGGAUGAGGAGUAUGUGGGAAAGUAUGAGGGAGGGUAAAUGA